AUGUCGACUACGCCGACGAUGUUGUUAUAUUCACGGAAAAAAAACAGUACGAAACUUCAACAUGUUGUCAACCUUGUAUCGAAGCUGGCAGCAGCCUAUGGACUACGCCUACGCCCUGAUAAAUGCAAGCAGAUGUGGAUCUCUUCGAGACCUCAAACGGGAAUCAGGGUGGACGGACAACCGAUAGAACUCGUCGAUGAGUUCUGUUACCUGGGCUGUACGCUGAAGAACAACGGCAGCUACGAGAGAGAUGUUCAGCAAAGAUGCGCUAAGGCCACUUCUGCAUUUAACUCUUUGACGAAAUGCCUGUGGUCGACCCCGCUACCAACGAGCUGCGAGUCUACCUAUCCGCAAUUCGCCCCAUCAUGA